AUGAGCUCGGCCACCAUCUAUAAGGGCAGUUGCGACCGAACAAAGGCGUGGACGACGGGUCUGCAUCUGCUGAUUAACGUCCUCAGCACAAUCGUUCUCGGGGCCAGUAGUUACUGUAUGCAGUGCUUAACUGCGCCUUCGCGUGCCGAUGUUGACCGCGCCCAUGGGAAGCGUGUGUGGCUGGACAUCGGGGUCGCCAGCGUGCGGAAUCUGGCAUGGGCGGAUUGGCCUCGACUCACCUUGUGGCUGGUACUCCUUAUACAACUCUGCCGUGUUUUUUGCCCUGGGCACAAGGCAGUACGAUGUCCUGCUGGCAUCGGCAGAUUUCGAUUUCAAUCGCCCGCCGACCAAUUAUUUUAUAACUCCUCGUACGAGGGGUGUUUUGAGUCAAACACGGCAAGGAGCAUGUCCACUUUCUAUGCGGAUCUUCCGAGCUUCGAAAAUUUGACCAAAGAGGAGUGUGUCCGCAGAUACGCGAUGAAUUUCCCGGCAGACGUGGGCACUCUGAUCUUGGUGACCAGCAACCACACCACUGCCAACGACCAUCUGCAAUGGGUUGCUUUCGGAACCUCAGUUGAGGAAUAUACGCUUGUUAUUCAAUCCAGCUAUGACUGGCUCUGCGAUCAGUUCAGCGGGCUUUCAUCCUCCUGCACCCCGUCGGAGCUCCUGAAUGUUCAAAGCCAAUGGGUCGCCUCGCCCCCCGUGCCCUGGGAUGGUCCAGUGAUCAAUGCCACCAUCGAGCUUCCCAGUGGUUCAUAUACAAUCAAUGGGAGAGAUGCCUCACUUGGAGGGGCAGCUGGUUCUGGGUGGAGUGAAAAUUUGACGAGGGAUAUCACAACCCUUGUAGAUGAGCUUGGUAGGUUCCCACCAGAAAAUGCCUUGCAGCAGUACCUGGAUAAUUCCACCCAUUGGCUCAACGGCACAUGGGCUGAGGCUGUAAGCCUCGUACCGGUCGAGGGCGAGGUAGUAUGUGCUACUGAUAUCGUUAAAUAUCAGAUCGAGAGGCCACAGUACCCAGUCGAAUAUUGCUUGAGUCGGAAGCUCACCGAGCAAUGUGAGCUGCACUUCAGCCCGGCGAUCUGCUUGGUGGUGAUUGUCUGCAAUAUUAUAAAGGUUCUGUGUAUGUCGCUGACGGCCUUGAGCAAUCGGACGGACAUCUUCCUGACUGUUGGAGAUGCUGUGGCGUCGUUUCUGAGUAGACCUGAUCCAUCCACUGAGCGGAUGGGCCUGGUAUCCCGAUCGAAUCUGUUCCGUGGACCACAGCCCUGGCCUUCUUUCCGGAGGGACUAUUUGCAACUCGCGGUAAAGGACGCAUCGCGACUGCCAGCGUGGGCAACCCUUCCGCCUCGCCAGCGAUGGACGCGAGCCUUGCCUACCAGCCAGUGGAUAGUGACCAUUGGCGUGUUUCUUACCCUCCUUGGUGUUGGUGGUUAUUAUCUGUCGCAGGCUAUUUAUGGCUUGCGAAAUGAAGAGCACUCCUCGACCUUCAGUGCGCUGUGGGAGCUGGGGUUCGGCUCGGCCACCCCUUAUACAAUUAUCUUCACUACUGACUCGCCGGACGUCAUUCACAUGUCACUACUUGCCAAUCUCCCCCAGAUUUUCCUCUCGGUCGGUUAUUUCCUGUACAAUAACCUCCUGACGCACAUGCUUUUGGUUGCAGAAUAUGACGACUACGCGAGCCAGCGGAAGCCACUCCGCGUGUCCUGGCCCCAGGGAUCCCAACGAUCGUCUUACUAUCUCAGUCUUCCGUAUCGCUACGGCAUUCCCCUCAUGGUUGCAUCAAUGCUCCUGCAUUGGCUGGUGGCUGGUAGUUUAUUCUUCAUUCAAAUAAACUCCUUUGACGCGCUGGGAGAGACCAUAGAUACGCUUCAGCUCAUUGGCUGCGGUUAUGGGCCAAUCGCCAUUGUGUUCGCGCUUAUUCUUGGGGGAGUGAUGACGUGUACUGUCGUGGGACUAGGCAUGAGACGUUUCGCAUCACAAAUGCCCAUUGCAGGUAGCUGCAGUGCAGCCAUCAGCGCUGCAUGCCAUCCAACAGAGGGUGAGGAGCAUGCUCUGAAGCCGAUCAUGUGGGGUGAGAUUCCGGUGGCCGCAGUGCAGCCGGAUGGAGACGACGCGGACGAAGUCAUCAGUGACCAUGAGCUGGAAGACAGGAGGGAUGGGAAUGGUGGUUAUUCGCCUCUGAGGAAAGACACGGCUGGCCAGGAGGGUGUUUAUGGCCAUUGCAGUUUUACUUCGGGGGAGGUAAUCAUUCCAAACCCGUCAAGACUGUAUAUUUAG